AGCGGAAGUUCCACUCUUACGCCUCGUUCUAGCGUAAUAUACCUAUGACAGCUUCUUUAAAAUUUCAUUAGUCGUUUCUUUUCCAUCCAUUUGCCCUGUAAAUAAAGAUGCUUUCUAGUGUUUACUCCUGGGGCUCUUCGUUCCUCAUUAAGUGAGCUCUUUGUCCCCUUUUAUCGUUGAUCUACUUGCAAUAAGGUGAUACUCCCCAACUUGGGCCUCCAGUGUGUCCAACUAUCCAGCUCCGGAUCUUACAAUACGCUUGUACAUAUCGGUCAUAGUUAAUUUCUCUGAGUCUAACUCCAGUAAUCGCUUUACUUAUUUUACCUUAAUCCUCACGACUUUUUGAGAUAGAGAAGGAAACGAUUUGAGAAAGGUUAUUCCAGAUACAAGAAAUAAGGGAUUGAAAGGAUGGUCAGAGUUCCCUUUACAUUUUUAGGUGUCCCAAAGACUAGCAAUAGCAGAUAGAAAAGCAAGCAAAUUUGGCCUUCAGAAAACUAGUUAACCUGCCUCCUUACCGUAUUUAAGCUUGUUUUAGGAUUGCCUGUGAACUUGGGGGUUAACCUCAAUUAUCGUCCUACUGUAGAAAAGCGAAUUUAGAUUUGGCAUUAAAAGUGUGACUUUGUUCGCAGAACGUUGUGACAAGCAGCAUCUGUAGGAGGAGGAGACCUACUUGUGUUGAUGCUGGAUGAUGGACUAGUAAACCAAAGAUUCGGCACUUACUAGGUGACAUUUGCAUACAGAAAAAGCAAACUGUCAAGGAAUUCAUACGAUUUGGUACCUGUUAUUUGGACCAACUUAAGGAGUCUUUAAUUUAUCAGAUCAACUGGCAACAGAAAAUGAAAAGUAGUGUGGCACAGAUAAAACAUUCUUCUGGUCAUGACAGAAGGGAAAACUAUAAUUCCUAUCAGAGGACCUCCUCUCCAGAAGACAGAUAUGCAGAACAAGAAAGAUCCCCUCGGGAUAGAGAUCACUUUGAUUACAGCAGGUCAGAAUAUGAGCAUUCAAGAAGAGGGCGUUCUUAUGAUAGUAGCAUGGAGUCACGAAGUAGGGACCGAGAAAAACGCAGAGAAAGAGAAAGAGAUAUGGAUCGUAAAAGGUCUCGGAAAUCCCCAUCUCCUGGGAGAAGAAGCCCAGAACCAUCAGUAACCCAGAGUUCCUCUGCUCAGGAUGAACCUACUGCAAAGAAGAAGAAAGAUGAGCUGGAUCCUCUUCUUACUCGCACCGGUGGAGCAUAUAUUCCUCCUGCAAAGCUCAGAAUGAUGCAAGAGCAGAUCACAGAUAAAAACAGCUUAGCGUACCAGAGGAUGAGCUGGGAGGCCCUAAAGAAGUCAAUCAAUGGUCUUAUCAACAAAGUCAACAUUUCUAAUAUAGGUAUUAUUAUUCAAGAACUUCUUCAAGAAAACAUAGUUAGAGGAAGAGGCCUGCUGUCCAGAUCUGUUUUGCAAGCUCAGAGUGCUUCUCCAAUCUUCACCCAUGUUUAUGCAGCGUUAGUGGCAAUUAUCAACUCAAAAUUUCCACAGAUCGGAGAAUUAAUCCUCAAGAGGCUAAUUCUUAAUUUCCGAAAAGGCUAUCGAAGAAAUGAUAAGCAACUCUGUCUUACUGCUUCAAAAUUUGUGGCACACCUUAUUAACCAAAAUGUGGCACAUGAAGUUUUAUGCCUAGAGAUGCUCACUUUGCUCCUGGAAAGACCAACAGAUGAUAGUGUUGAAGUAGCUAUUGGUUUUCUCAAGGAAUGUGGCCUCAAAUUAACACAAGUGUCACCAAGAGGAAUCAAUGCUAUAUUUGAGCGCCUCCGAAACAUUCUCCAUGAGUCUGAAAUUGACAAAAGGGUUCAGUAUAUGAUUGAAGUGAUGUUUGCUGUACGGAAGGAUGGAUUCAAGGACCACCCUGUUAUCCUAGAAGGACUUGACUUAGUGGAAGAAGAUGAUCAGUUCACCCAUAUGCUCCCUCUGGAGGAUGACUAUAAUCCAGAAGAUGUUCUUAAUGUUUUCAAGAUGGAUCCUAAUUUUAUGGAGAAUGAAGAGAAGUACAAAGCUAUUAAGAAAGAAAUUCUUGAUGAGGGAGAUAGUGACUCAAACACAGACCAAGAUGCUGGAAGUAGUGAAGAGGAAGAGGAAGAAGAGGAUGAAGAGGGAGAAGAAGAUGAAGAAGGACAAAAAGUGACUAUUCAUGACAAAACAGAAAUUAAUCUAGUCUCAUUUCGUCGUACAAUUUAUCUUGCUAUUCAGUCAAGUUUAGAUUUUGAAGAAUGUGCUCACAAAUUGCUGAAAAUGGAGUUCCCUGAGAGCCAAACAAAAGAACUCUGCAACAUGAUACUUGACUGUUGUGCCCAACAAAGGACAUAUGAGAAAUUUUUUGGCUUAUUAGCUGGGCGAUUUUGCAUGCUAAAAAAAGAAUACAUGGAAUCCUUUGAAAGUAUAUUCAAAGAACAAUAUGAUACCAUCCAUCGCUUGGAAACAAACAAAUUGAGAAAUGUUGCUAAGAUGUUUGCUCACCUUUUAUAUACUGAUUCACUUCCAUGGAGUGUUCUUGAAUGUAUAAAGCUAAGUGAAGAAACCACUACAUCAUCUAGUAGAAUUUUUGUUAAAAUAUUUUUUCAAGAACUUUGUGAAUAUAUGGGUCUUCCUAAACUUAAUGCAAGAUUAAAGGAUGAAACCCUACAGCCAUUUUUUGAAGGGUUAUUACCCCGAGAUAAUCCAAGAAACACUCGGUUUGCCAUCAACUUCUUUACUUCUAUAGGUCUUGGAGGUUUAACGGAUGAAUUGCGUGAGCAUCUCAAAAAUACACCAAAGGUCAUUGUGGCACAGAAACCAGAUGUUGAGCCAAAUAAAUCCUCCCCCUCCUCUUCCUCUUCCGCAUCCUCCUCUUCAGAGUCUGACUCCUCCGCCUCUGAUUCGGACAGCAGUGACAGCAGUUCAGAGUCUUCCAGUGAAGAGAGCGAUUCUUCAUCCAGCAGUAGUCAGAGCUCUGCCUCAGCUACUGAUACAAGAAAGAAGGGACAAGGGAACACCAGAAGUAAAGAAGUAGAUAAAUUGAUCAGGAAACAACAAACCCAUGAUAGGAAACAAGAAGAAAGAAGGCCAGAGCAAAGACAUCAAGAAACAUGGACUGAAAGAGAAAGAAGGUCAGAAAAACAUAAAGAUAAAAAUUCAAGGGAUCCACAUUGGAGAAAUCCCAUAACAAAAUACACUUCAGACAGAAGUGUUCCUUCUGAACGAAAUAGUUACAGUAGAAUCAUGAAUGACAGAGACCAAGAAGCACACACAGAUUUGGAAAAUAAGCAUGGUGAUCCCAAAAAGAAGAGAGGAGAGAGAAGAAAUUCUUUUCCUGAAAAUGAGCACAGACACCGAAAUAAGGACAGUGAAAAUGUUAUAAGAAAAGAUAGAUCAAAGUCAAGAGAGAAGAAUAGAAAACAUUCAGGUUCUAGAAGUGAUGAAGAUAGGUAUCAGAAUGGUGCCGAAAGGCGAUGGGAAAAAUCUAGCAGAUACUCUAAACAAUCCAGAGAAUCAAAGAAACAUCAGGACCAGCGAAGAGAAAAGUCUCCAACAAAGCAAAAAAAAUGAUUCUACAAAAUUACAGAAACUGAACAUGCCUUAUAUUCAGUUGAAACAAAUUAUAUUUUACAUUAACGAACUUUAUAGAGAAUUCUUGUAUAAAGUAAUGGUUUGUAUUUGUACAUUUAAAAUUUUUUUCUUUUUAACAUGUUUUAUAAUUGAUACAUCUCAAGGCCCUCCACAUAAAAUUAUUUGAAAAGUUUCACGGGAGAAGGAUGUAAUUCUUGCUUAUAUUUUGUUAAUAAAAUGAUCAAAUGCUCAUUGAAUCAGUGAUUUUUUUCAUUGACAAAAUUUUUUUCCUGAUAAUGUUUCCAACUGUUUAUAGAACUAUUAUAAUGAAUUAUUAGUGGCUUUUUUUUUUUAAUAACUAGAGACCAAAAUAGAUGAACCAUUUCAAUGUAAUAUUUUUGCUUUGUUAAUGAGAUGCUAUGAACCUUUUUUAGGAGUCACCCUUUUUAUAAAAUAAGAAUUAUUUCAAGUUUCAUAUUACAUCUUGAACAAAAUAGGUAUGUGUAAUUUUUUUAACAAGUGUUUUGAUGAAGCUAAGGGUAUGUUAGUCUUUUAAACAGAUACAAAGCUAUAUUAUUUAGAAUUAGGACUUCUCUCAUCUCUCAUAACAUUUCUUCUCUCUGGACUGCUAGAUUAACGUUUAAUUGAAAUUCUUUGUGAUUAGUGCUUUUUCUCAGCCUUGAAGUUAUAUCAUUGUUGGUAAGUUAAUGUGUAUUUAACUUUUAAUUUAGAUUAAUAGGUCAUUGGAAAACAUACAGUCAUGAGAAAUGUGAACAGCCUGUGAAAUAAUUCCAAUUUUUAUAAGAAUUUUAAAGGUUUCCAUCACUGUAACUCUUACCAAUUAAUAUGUGACCAUAUUAUUUAUUACUUUUGAAAUAAAAUAUUGCCUCUGAAAUUUUAGAUUUGCUGACAUUUAACCCUACUUACCAAAUAGACCGCUUGUGCUUACUCACUUUUAAAGUACUUAAAGUCCAUUUUAGCUGAUGUCUGGUUUCAAGAGUAAUGGGACCACCGUCUUUAAUGUUUGACUUUCAGGCAUUUUCUGAUUCAAAAUGUUUU